ACAGUUCUGCGGGCGGGGGCGGAGCAACACCUGGGAAGGCAUGAUGGUGCUGGGGGGGCAGAGGGGGACAGCCUGCCUCCCUGGGGGGGCCCCACAGGGCUCUCCUGGGAGGGAGGUGGUGACUCAGCAGUUUCAUUUCCUGGUGGGCUGAGGCUCAUGGGAGAUAUGCAGAUGAGCCCAGAGCACCAUGGGAAAGGGCCCUUUAUAUUGCCAGGUGGGCCGCUUCCCCUCCUUUCUGAGGGGCGCCCACAGGAGGGAGGUGCCAGGCCGGAGAACGGAGCCGUCGCACAAGCUGAAGAAUCCUCCGGAAGUCUGACCUUCCCGACCCCUGCGGAUCCCUGGUGACUUGGGACCCAGCUCCUCCACCCCACCCCAGAUACCCGGCCGGGAGCCCCCUCUCUUCCUCUCCCCCGCCCUCCCUGCCCCGCCCCCGCCCCCGGGCCAGACCCCGAGCCCCCAGCCCGGCCCACUCUCGCUGCCCACCCCGGUAGGAGGCAGGCCGCGUGGCCAUGUGCCCCCCGGUCAGCGUGCGCUAUGGGGGCGAGGGCAUGUCCUACCUCCAUGCAUCCUGGAUGUAUCAGCUUCAGCAUGGCGACCAGCUGGCGGUUUGCUUCGCUUGCUUCAAGGCUGCCUUUCUGGAACUCAGAGACUUGCUGGGCUUGGAAGACUGGGAAGAUGAGGACUGGGACCCCGAGCCGACGGAGCACGCCGAGGCGGGGCCUGAGCAGGGGGGGCCCCCGGGGCUGGGGUUCGGCUGGGGGCAGGGCCAAGGUCACCCCGCACAGGGGGGCACUGUGGACUGGGGGCCAGGCACCCCGGCGUCAGCCCCCGCGGGGUCUGAGGAGGUGGGCCUGGACCACCACUUUGUGCCCACCGAGCUGGAGCCUCACAACGCGGCACCCUUGGGCCUGGGUCCCGAGGACGCCGACUGGACCCAGAGCCUGCCCUGGAGGCUCGACGGGCCCCCCACCUGCUCGCACUGGCCGAGUCUCCCUCCUCCGUGGCAGGGGUUUCUCAAAGUGGACCUGCCCCCGGGGGAGCCCAUGGUGCUGGAGCUGGGCACCACCCGGGCCGUGGACCCUGCCGAGGCCGAGGCCUGGUUAAGGGACCUGGAGGUCGUCUCCAUGGUGGGUUGCUACGAUGCCAUCUACCUCCGGAAGAUGACAGUAGGAUGGACCCUGAGGACCCCGGGCCGGGGCUGGAAACUGCUGCUGGAGCCCGACGAGCUGUGGGUGGUGAGACUACAGGACGCGCCCCAGGAGCAGGACCUGCACAAGUGGAAGCUGAGCAUUCUGGAGCCCUGUCCUCCAGGGCAGACCGAAGAGCUGGUCCCUGCGGACUCAGCCCUGCUUAAGAGGGGGUUCACCAUCCUCUCCUACUCACCCUGGGCCAAAAGGGAGGCAGGGGAGGGGGCCUCCGCAGCCAGGCCACAGUCCUCGUCCUCCCAGGGGCGGGAUCCCAGCACCACUGAGACCUGGAGCCACGGGCCCAGUGGGCCCCGGGGGCCUGGGGAGGGCCCGGCUGCCAUGGGAGCCUCGGCCCUGGGGGAGCUGCCCUGUUUCCAGCCCUUCAGGCCAGGGCCCCAGAACUGAGGGACUGAGGCCCAGGUGGCCACCGUUGUCCCGGCCGCCCCCUCCCCACAACAGCCAGGGGCGCGACUGGCAAAGAACGGGGGACUAGUGCCUGGGGAGGGAGAAUGGGGAGCUGCCUAGGGACUGAGGAAGGGGACGCGUCACUGCCUCCGUGGAAGGGGCCCAAGGCCUGUAAGCGGGAGAGAAUUUCUCCUCCGUCAAAUGUCGCGGAGCCAGGAACGUGACGCCCUCUGGGGCGCGGUUGGUGAAUGGCUGCCGCGCAGCUCGGCAAGUGGGGUGCGGCACACGCGUCUGUGCACCAGCCCUGCCCUGGCCACACGCAGGGAUGUGUCCAGUGGGGCCCGUGUCCCAGGAGCACGCGGAGGUGGGGGCAGCGGGGCUGUGUGCUUGCCUGUGCCUGGCUGGUCUCUGGGGCCCCGGGGGACCCUGUCAGCCGCAGUGGGGACCCUGGUCUGCACGGGGAGAGACCCUCGUUUCAUAUGUUGGCCAUUUUAUGCAGUUUGACCGUUUAGUGCCCGUUUCUUUGUGUGUUGUUUUUUAACUGAAUAAAGU